AUGAUUCUCAACACUCUGACUACAGUCAUCAACGGAAAGAAUCUUCGGGUCGCUUCCGGGCGCAUUCCCGCUGGUAUCUACAUAUUCAUCAAUGUCGACUUGAAGAGAUGCUGGAAAUCAAGCAUCAGUGUCUUAUCAUCUGAUGAAUCUGUAGCGUGGGGAAAUACUGUAACUCUAUCAUCACAUGCCUCACCUACGUUGUCAUUGGAGAUCAGGGCGGCCUUUGAGCUUGGUCGAAUGCUAGGCGGUGGAGAAGUCUUCGGGAAACUUGAAAUGUCGUGGGAUGAGCUACUCGAUCAUGGAGAUGAGCCAUUCGAUCUAUCCUUCCCACCCGUCUGCAAUGUCCACCCUUCCCUCACGUUGAAGGCCGCUGUUGUACAGGCUUGCGAAGAUGACGACUGCAUUCUGGUUGAUUCCCUCGUAGACCGCGAUAUUGUUCGAGACACAGAUGCGGGCCACGCACAAUUUUACGCAUAUGUGACAAGCGAGAAUGUCUCUCACCUGCACGAUGCUGUAGAGCAUUUUCAGUUGGUUCUGGACCAGUGUCCGGUCAGCCAUCCAGACCACGCAACAGCUCUCACCAACCUCGCGUGGGCCCGCCUCAAGGGCUACAUCCGAAAUGAUCUCCAAGACAUCGAUGCCACUAUUUCCCUCUUCCGCGACGCCCUUGCAUUGCGUCCGCAGCGCCACCCCGAUCAUCACUUAUCUCUAUUCAAUCUCGCUGAAUGGCUGACUUGGCGCCACGACAAGAACGAUACUGCUACCGACAUCCGCGAAGCCGCCCAACUCUAUCAUGAGCUACUGCCUCUCUGUCCAGAAGGCACCUACCUUCGUAGUAUUGCAGGAGGGCCAGAUGGUGUCGAAUAUGUAAUCGACGAAUGCAAUGAUCUUCCGGUAGACGCAUCCGAUGAAGGUAUCCAGCUUCGAAGAGUUGUCCUUGAGUUCUGUCCUCUGGGCCAUCAACUUCGUCUCAGAGCCCUUGACGAGCUUGCGCGAGCAGUUGAGGCACGUUUUGAUCAACACGGUAGCAUCGAUGAUCUUGACAUGAGCAUACAACUUGGUCGUGAAGCCGUAUCUUUAUGCCCCGAGGGACAUGAUGACCACGGUUACUACCUGAACAGCUUGGCUAUCUCACUCGUGUCCCACUUCCAUCAUCAAGGCAGCCCUAAUGACCUUGAUGAUGCCAUCUCUUUGUAUGAAGAAGUGUUACGCCUACGCCCUGUUGGGUACGAAUAUCGUGAUAUCUCAUUGGACAACCUAGGACUCGCCCUCGUUGCCCGUUUCAACAAACGCGACGACAUUGAUGACGUUACCCGAGCUGUCAGCCUCUAUCGGGAGGCACUGACCGAGGACCUUAACGAGGCCAUUGAUUGGUAUCGCGAAUCCCUUCGGUUAGUGCGGCCUGACGAUCUAGAGCGCCACGUAACUCUACACAAUUUGAGCUCGGCGCUCUGCUCUCGUUUCACACAAACUGAGGAGAAUGAAGACAUCGAGGAGGCUAUCACUCUUGGUCAAGAAUCAUUGGCAGCUCUGUCUUCACUGCACCCGGACAGGUUUUUCAGCUACAUGCGACUGGAGGAGGCUCAUUUGUCUCGUUAUGAGAUUCUACACGACCCUGGUGAUUUGUCGCUCGCUAUGGAGAACUUCAGACUUGCAUCAAGACAUUCUACUCAAGGAUUUCCUCGGCGUAUCAUAGAGGCUGUUGACUGGGCUCGCGAAGCAGAGGUUCAUCAACAUGAAUCUGCCCUAGAAGCAUACCAAACGUGCUUUGAGCUUUUCGACAGCCAUGUGAUGACGCGAUCGUCCAUCAUCUCACGGCGCGAGGCUGCAACCGCUUUCAGUGAUGCACGAUCACUUCCUGUAGAUGCAGCCUCAUGUGCCAUACGUCGUGACAAUCUACGACGGGCAGUCGAGCUCGUGGAGCAGGGCCGUGGCCAGCAGUGGUCACUGGCAUCGCGACUCAGGACACCACUCGAAGACCUCGAGUCUAUCAGUCCCGAACUGGCUCGCAAGUUCUCACAGCUUAGCAAACAUCUAUCGAUGCUCAGGGUUCCGCGGAGACUUACAAGGCAAUGGGAAGCUGUGGUAGUUGAGAUACGUGAUCUUCAGGAGUACUCGCGGUUCCUGCUUCCACCUUCGUAUGAAGACCUACAAGCGGCAGCUCGGCAGGGCCCGGUCAUCAUCCUGAUUGCCAGUCAAUACUUAUGCAGCGCCGUCAUCGUGCCGACAUCAGGGGACCCCCGUCAUGUUCCCUUGCUGUCUGUCACUCUCACAGAGCUGACUAAUCUCAAGGAUAGCUUCGCCAGGGCAAUACGACACGCAUGUAUCAUGGACCCAAAAUUGCCGCGGAACGAUUUAAUAGUCCUCUUGCGGACAGUAUGGGACGAAAUAAUACUACCCAUCGUCAACGUCCUCCAGCAUGAUCUGAAACUAAAAUUCCACUCUCGAAUCUGGCUGUGUCCAACUGCAGCUUUCACAUCUAUUCCUCUCCACGCAGCUCACCCGUUUCGAACGAACGCAGAUCGCUCUAAGGAGCCAUGCCUGGAGGAUCUCUACAUCUGCUCCUACACGCCGACACUCUAGGCUCUGGUCAGGUCUAGACAAAUGAUGAAAAAGCGCGUCACUCCAUCCUUCGCAACAAUCGGACAAGGGCAGCCGGGUGCAGGGAAAGGCAAGGCACUCUUGGCUAUCGAUAGCGAGCCCUGAUUUUCCUUUACUUCCUGACAGGUCUGCAGUUCGGAGUUCAGCCUUCUAGUGCAUCCAGUGGGCCCAAUUCCGAGGCCAAUAUAGCCGUCCAUCCCUCAUCUCAAGGACUGUAAUUCUACAAUGGCAACAAAAG